GUGAACAACUUACGAGUACGCCUUCGCCCGCGCCUGGCGCGCCGCCUUCUGGCGCUUGCGGGCCUUCGGGUUCGGGCGCUUUUUGAGGGAGUCGGUGACGUCGCGGUACUGGGACGCGACGGACGCCACGCUCCGGAACACGUCGACGCGGCCCGAGAAGUCGAGGCCGGAUGGUCCCUCCGGCCGCCAGCAAAACCACGCCGUCGUGAAGGGCGCCGUCGUCCGCGCGGCCGCCGCCCCUCGGGCCCACGCGGGCGGCAGGUACGCGUAGCGCCGGUGCGGGCACACGUAGAACGGCGGCGGCGACAAUUGCGAGGCAGCGCGGCGCCAGACGUCGCGGCCCAGGUAGUACGUCGGGAUCAGCAGCGCGAAGGGCGUCUUCGCGGCGACGACGUGCGAAAUCAAGCGGUCGACGUGGUCGCCGCUGUAGGGCGGGUUCGUCACGAGCACUGCGUGACUCGGCACCGUGCCCUUCGAGACGUCCGCGUAGAAGUCUCGGUUCUCGUUUAUUACGUCGCGAAAUCCCAGUGCCUGGAGCCGCCGGACCACGCCUCCAUCACAAUAGUAGGGGUCGUAGACGCGCCCGCCGACGGCCCGCAUGAAGGGCGCCAGGUCCUCGUAGGCGUUGACCGGGGUCUCGGCGUGGUCCGACGUCUGCGUGACCUCGAAGGCGUGGCGCGCCGUGGGUUGCGUCCAGCUGUCCGCGGCUUUCUUCUUCUUGCGGCGUUUUUUUUUGGUUUUCGCUGCCGCGGCGGCGGCGCCGUCGUCCCGGGCGCGCUUCAUAUUUUGCUUUUGCUCUGGAGCAUGUGCAAUGCUUUGCAGCAAUGCUGUGUACACCCGCUUGCCUGCCAAUAGUCGUCGCACGAGCGUCAAUCGAUCAAUAACUCGUGCUGCGCAUGCGUUAAACUCGUGGCGUUCAAGACGGACGGCGUU